UUCUCUCCCGCCGCCCCCGAAGCCCGGACUUGAAGGAAGUGCGGGCAGCCGCGGGGCGGGGAGCCAGGCCCCGGGGGCUGACGGAUGCGAGCGCCCACGGUCCGCCCCCGCCGGCUGCGGAGUUCCCCGGCGCGGGCGGGAGCGGGGGCGGCGCGCGCGCGCUGGCCAGGGCCCGGCCAAAGGCCCGGGGCGCGACGGCCGCUCCAGGAGGUCCGGCCGUGAGCGUGACCUCACGGGGAGGGGCCAGCGCGGCGGCCGGGCGGGGAGCCGAGUGCUGAGAGCGCAGCGCCGGAGCCGAGCCGCGAGAGCGCACCCGUGGCCCCCAUGGAGCGGUACAAAGGUGAGGGCGCGGGGUUCCCGAGGCGCGCACCCACUCCCCUCCCGUUCAGCGCUGCGCGGGGAAGGAGGGCUGGGGCUGGUCCCGCGGGGAGUCAGCCCUGGAGCAACUGCUGACGGAGCUGGACGACUUCCUGAAGAUUCUGGACCAGGAGAACCUGAGCAGCACAGCCCUGGUGAGGAAGAGCUGCCUGGCCGAGCUCCUCCGGCUCUACACGAAGAGCAGCAGUUCUGAUGAGGAGUACAUUUACAUGAACAAAGUGACAGUGCACAAGCCGCAGGACGCCGAGUCUCAAGACCAAGCGCCCACGGAGCAGGGUCCACUCACCAACGGGGAGCCCAGCCAGCACGCCUCGGCCCCUCAGAAGAGCCUUCCGGACCUCCCGCCACCUAAGAUCAUUCCAGAACGGAAGCAGCUCACUGUCCCGAAGAUCGAGUCCCCGGAGGGCUACUAUGAGGAGGCGGAGCCAUAUGACGUGUCCCUCAAUGGUCAUGCUGGCCGAGUUCUCCCUACUGAGGUUCCCAGAUGGGUGCAGGUGCCCGAAGGAGUCAUUUACGCCACAAUCACCUUGGAGGACGGGGAGGCUGUGAGCAGCUCCUAUGAGUCCUACGACGAAGAGGAAAGCAGCAAGGGCAAGGCGGCCCCCUACCAGUGGCCCUCACCCGAGGCCAGCAUCGAGCUGAUGCGUGACGCCCGCAUCUGCGCCUUCCUGUGGCGCAAGAAGUGGCUGGGCCAGUGGGCCAAGCAGCUGUGCGUCAUCAGAGACACCCGGCUCCUGUGCUACAAAUCCUCCAAGGACCACAGCCCUCAGCUGGACGUGAACCUGCUGGGCAGCAGCGUGGUGCACAAGGAGAAGCAAGUGCGCAAGAAGGAGCACAAGCUGAAGAUCACGCCCAUGAACGCCGACGUGAUCGUGCUGGGCCUGCAGAGCAGGGACCAAGCCGAGCAGUGGCUCAGGGUCAUCCAGGAGGUGAGCGGCCUGCCUUCCGAGGGGGCGUCCGAGGGAAACCAGUACACCCCGGAUGCCCAGCGCCCGCCUGGCCAGAAGCCAGAUAUAGCAGAGAAGUACCUGUCGGCUUCCGAGUGUGGAGGCCCCAUGGACGGCUACCAGCCUGAGAUCCCGGAGACCAAAGAUGUCAAGAAGAAGUGCUCUGCUGGCCUCAGGUUGAGCAACCUCAUGAACCUGGGCAGGAAGAAGUCCACCUCCCUGGAGCCGCCGGAGAGAUCCCUGGAGACAGCGAGUUAUCUGAACGUGCUGGUGAACAGCCAGUGGAAGUCACGCUGGUGCUCCGUCAGGGGCAGUCACCUGCACUUCUACCAGGACCGGAACCGGAGCAAGGCAGCCCAGCAACCCCUCAGCCUGGUGGGCUGUGAGGUGGUCCCAGACCCGAGCCCCGACCACCUCUACUCCUUCCGCAUCCUGCACAACGGCGAGGAGCUGGCCAAGCUCGAGGCCAAGUCCUCGGAGGAGAUGGGCCACUGGCUGGGCCUCCUGCUCUCCGAGUCCGGCUCCAAGACAGACCCGGAAGAGUUCACCUACGACUAUGUGGACGCCGACAGGGUUUCCUGUAUCGUGAGUGCGGCCAAGAACUCCCUCCUACUGAUGCAGAGGAAGUUCUCGGAGCCCAACGCUUACAUUGACGGCCUGCCCAGCCACGAGCGCCAGGAGGAGCUGUAUGAUGACGUGGAGACGUCAGAGCUCACAGCAGCGGUGGAACCCGCCGAGGAACCCGCUCCUGCCGCAGAUGCCCCGAGUGAGAGUGAGCUGGACCGAGUGUACCUAGACCUCACGCCAAUCAAGUCCUUCCUGCACAGUCCCGGGGGGGUGCAGGCCCGGGCCGCCUCCCCCACGUCUCCACACCUGGAUGGUCAGGGCGAGGACCCCCCUGCUGCCCCGAGUCCAGGCUCUGCCUCAGAGGAGCCCUGCUGUGUGAUAUCCCCAGAGAGCCUGGAGGAGCAGAGGCAGCUGCAGAGCGUGGAGCCUGAGGACGCUUCCCUGAUAAUCACUCCUGUCAAAAUCCAGACCGAGCAGCAGAGAAUCUCCUUCCCCCCGAGCUGCCCCGAUGCUGUGGCUGCCACCCCGGCCGGUAGCAGCCCCCCUGCGAAGGACAGACUGCGGGUGACCAGUGCAGAGAUCAAGCUUGGCAAGAACCGGACGGAGGCCGAGGUGAAGAGGUACACGGAGGAGAAGGAGAGGCUGGAGAGGAAGAAGGAGGAAAUCCGGGGCCACCUGGCUCAGCUCCGGAAGGAGAAGCGGGAACUGAAGGAGACCCUGCUGAAAUGUACAGACAAGGGCGUCCUGGCCAGUCUGGAGCAGAAGCUGAGGGAAAUAGACGAGGAGUGCCGGACCGAGGAGAGCCGGCGCGUGGACCUGGAGCUCAACAUCAUGGAGGUCAAGGACAACCUGAAGAAGGCCGAGGCGGGGCCCGUGACACUGGGCACCACCGUGGACACCACCCACCUGGAGAGCGUGAGUCCCCGGCCCAAAGCUGCCGCCCCGACCCCUGUACCCGACUGCACACCAGUCAACUCGGCCACAGCCCUCAAGAACAGGCCUCUUUCUGUCAUGGUCACAGGCAAAGGCACCGUCCUCCAGAAAGCCAAGGAAUGGGAGAAGAAAGGAGCAAGUUAGGAACGGAGCUCCGUCUAAAGACUCUCGCAUCCACGUGGACCUUGGUGACAAUCCUACUUCCUGACGGUCUUGUGAAAGCAGCAACUCCGAAAGGGUGUCCGUCUGGAAGAAACCGGAUAGACCACGGAGAGUUUCAGACAAGGGGAGGCUGGGAGGAAGGAAUACAGAGCCGGAGGAAGGAAUUCCCCAGGGAAAGGCUGCGGCUUUGAAGACUGAGUCUGAUGGAUGUAGACAAGCGUUGUUGUAUUUAGAGAUAUCCUGUGUUUCUUCUUUCAAAAUUGUCAUCAAUUGCUUUAUCCAGAUUUUUAAGGAGGGAAAAGAAGUCAAGGUAGCAGGGCCCUGUCACACUGGUCACGUGGCUUUGGAGGCUGAGAAAGUCUAAACUCCUGGCAUCUCCUAGCCAGUGCUUAGCAGCACCAGGGGUUAAACCAUCCCUGCCUUCAAGUUUGUUCUCUCUAGUUUAGCAGGCCCAAGUCGGUCGUCACUGAUUUUAAACAGCCUUGAUACAGCCUGUGACAUAAUUCUUGAGAAACUAACAGGGAAAUAGCUGGGGCCAAGCUGAGCACUGACCCUGCUACAUUAAGGAUUUGUUUCUUGCCCAAGGCAGACCUAAAGCAACUUCUUUUAAGUAAGUUUAAAUGACACCAUGUUUAUAGAAAAAAAAACAAAGUUUAAAAUCUUAUCAUUUAGAAUAGUGAAAA